AUGUCUGAAAACAAACAAGAGUCCGCUUUACAUACCGUUGGCUUCGAUGCUAGAUUCCCAAACCAAAACCAAACUAAACAUUGCUGGCAAUCAUAUGUUGACUACCACAAGUGUAUCAACUUGAAAGGUGAAGAUUUUGCUCCUUGUAAAGUAUUCUGGAAGACUUAUUCUUCUCUAUGUCCAGUUGAUUGGAUUGAAAAAUGGGAUGAACAAAGAGAAAAGGGUAUCUUUGCUGGUGACGUCGACCAUGCUUGA